AUGCCAGCCGAUGAAUUUCCCUGCGCACUUACCAUAGACAUCCCACUGCCUACACACCGGCUUGCCUCGUCCGCUCUUCGCGCGCUCCAGGUCGAUGCUGAGCUGUCGCCGCUCGUACGUCGCAACUUCUCGUUAGCGCGGCCUGACUCGCAUGCUGUGGUGGACGGCACGAGCCUAGAGGAGGAGUCAAACACAAUCCUGCGUACCGAGUAUCGUGCCACGACCAAUCGCAUGCUACGGGUCGCGGUCAAUGGCUUCAUGGAAUCACUCGGUGUUGUCUUGCAGGUCAUGGAGGAACUAGAUGUCGACGUGCUGGAGCCCACAACCCACACUUGA